GUCUACACGUACGUGUUUAUAGCCUCCCCAUUAUAUUUUGAAAAAAUAACCAAAAAAUGACAGGGCACACUCAAAUGUAUCACUCUGAGUCCGCCUAUGAGAAGCAUCACAGAUGAUCGUAAUAGUAAAAAGUUCAGAAAAUCGAAGCUAAUUCUUGGAUUUGUUUAUGGACUUUUCCUAAGUCUAAUCCUCUACCAUUUUGUAAUAGUCGACUUAGAAUUUAGCGACCAGACCACUCACUUAAUGGGCAUCGUCAUCAGCCUGUUUUUAAGUAUUGGUCACGCCAUUUCACAGCAGGUAAGAUGUUUAGGCCUAUUGGUUAUGCCGACGUUCUGCGACAAGUCUGGCCAACGGGUAUUAGUAGCCAUGGUGUUCGCCUAUGUCAUGGCUGGUCCUCUGAAUAACAUAACUAAAAACGGGUCCGAGGUUAUCAGAGUAUUCACAUGUUCCGGUGCACUCGUGUACAACCUAUCGAAAACUCGGUAUGAACUUAUGUUCAAACCGUUCCAGGAGGCGUUGUUAAACCUUAAGAGACCUUCGAAAAACGAAGAACAUAUGAAGAAUAUUAACAGAAUAUCGGAAUCAGAUGAGGUAGAGAACAAAUAUAAGAAUAAACUACGUAGGAAAUGUAAAGGCAUUAUAUCCCGAGCAGACGAAAAUUGUAAAGCAGCGUUUAAACGAAGCUACGACAAAUGCAAGGAAUCAGUACACUGGUCCGUGAAUUGGGCUCUCUGCUGGCCCAUGCAAGUGACAUUCGUUUGCAAUCUCACACCACGUAAAUAAAUUUUCGGCUUACGUCGUAAUAUUCCUCUAAAUCUAUAUGUACAAAAUUAUCAAAUGAAACUAAUGGAAAAAAUUCUCACAC